AUGGCAUUGCUUUUCGCCCUCAAGCUCUGUCUGGCAUUUCUGCUUCCGCUCGUCUCGGCCUUGAAGUUCGAGAUCCAAGCACAUCUUGGCCAUGAAUCAGCUUCGAAAGAGCGCUGCAUCCGCAACUUUGUCGCCAAAGACCAACUGGUCGUGGUCACCGCAACCAUCAGUGGCAGCAAAGGCGAUGGCCAGACCUUGAACAUGCACAUCAAAGACGCAGUAGGAAACGACUACGCGCGCCCUCGCGACGUCGUUGGCGAGAACCGCUAUGCAUUUACCUCCCACGCCGACAGCGCCUUCGACGUAUGCUUUGAGAACAUCCUGAACCACCGCACUUCGGCCGAAGCCACACGAAAUGUAGAACUCGACAUCGACAUAGGCGCCGAUGCCAAAGACUGGUCCGCGAUCCAAGCCGGCGAGAAACUGAAACCUGUCGAAGCAGAACUGCGACGAAUCAGCGAAGUCGCAAAGGAGGUCGUGGAUGAGUUGGAGUAUUUGAGAGUAAGAGAGAUGAAAUUACGUGAUACGAAUGAGAGUACAAAUGAGCGAGUCAAAUGGUUCGCCAUCGGAACCAUGGGCAUGCUAUUUGCACUGGGAGUGUGGCAGAUCGUGUAUCUGAGGGCAUAUUUCCGAAGCAAACACUUGAUUUAG